GCCACCACGGAGGCUUGUUUGGCCGCGCUGGACUAUGAUGGCCCUAACGAUGACCUCUGAAGCCCCUUACGACUACUUUUGAUGGCCCUUACGAUGACGUUUGGUGUCUACUGCAGGCUCGAAGGGACUACUGAUUCGUUCAGGCGAUGCACGUGCCCAUUUGUCACUUAUAGUGCAGGGGGGCAUCUUCCCCAACCCCAGGGGGCGUCUUUCCCACCCUGUGGGGUAAGAUGCCCCCUUUCACUUCUUCAGGAAAAUGCUUAAUAGCAAAAAAAAGUUAUCAUAUUUCAGGCACGAAAGCGUGAUAUUUUUCGAGAAAAAUGAUGUCGGCUUCCGUUGAAACUCCAAGUUUUUGCUUUCCGAUCGUCAUUUUCGAAUAACAUAUGACAUAGCAAAACCCUGGGCAUCUUUCCCCACUCUCCCCUACCUACCAGUGCACCAGAGUUUCCAAGAUGGGCAUUGACAUUUACGCCAUCAAGCCGAGCCCGCCUUGCCGGGCCGCCUUUCUGGUGGCCAAGGCCAUCGGCCUGGACUACAACCUCAAGAUCGUGAGCUUGGAGAAGGGGGAGAACCGCACUCCCGAGUUCCUGAAGAUGAACCCGGCACACACCGUGCCUGUCAUGACGGACGGAGAGCUGUCAAUAGGUGACAGCAAGGCGAUCAUCACCUACAUGAUGAACCAGUACGCGCCUGCCAACUUGCAGAGCCUGUACCCCCGCGACCCGGCCGCCAGGGCCUUGGUAGAUCAGAGACUCUACUUUGACUCCCAACUGUUCUCCACCCUUCGCGGUAUCGUGUUUCCUCUGCUGUACCUGAAGGACCUGAAGCAGUCGCAGGCGAACAUGCCGCGGCUAGAGGAGAACAUGGCGCUACUGGAGACGUUCCUGACGCGCUCCACGUACCUGGCCGGCGAGCACUUGACCAUCGCCGACCUGGCCACGCUGGCCAACGUUUCUAGCAUGGAGGCCUGCGGAAUUGACAUGUCCCGCUGGCCGCACGUGCAGGCAUGGCUGGCCAAGCUGAAGGCCGAGCUGCCCUACUACGAGCAGGCCAACGGCGAGGGAGCUCAGAUGCUCGGUGCCAUUUACCAAAGGAUACUGAAGGAUCUGGGAGGAAAGUAGAUGUGGUGUGAUCGCUGAAAGGACUAUCGGAAGGGCAGGCAUGCUCUUGUGUUUGCCUCUUAUGGUCUCCAUAAAAUAAUCAGCAAUUAUCCGUCAACAGGCAUGGCUUAGGCCGCUCAACAAAAAGCUAGGUAGUUGACAGUAGUGACAGUACAAAUGUAUCCUUGCCAAUUGAAGUGCGCCAAUAAGGCAAUAUAUGCCUACCAAUAAUUGAUGAUCGUUUGUACAAUGAAGUGUGAGUUACUUUCAUCGCCAAAUAAAUGGACACUGGUAUC